GCUUUUCACACUCUAGUGUCAAACUGUUAUUAAAUGACAAUAGCUUUACUUGAAUAAAGAGGUACGUUCUAUUACAGCUUUCAUUUUUUAAUCCAGAUUCAAGUGAAGAAAACGGUGCCACGAACAAUUCAAGUGAAGAUACAGAAGAGUCUCCCAUAGUCUGGAAGCCAGAAGUGUAUGCCGAUCUUAAUUGGGGAGAACCACCUUUGGACCCUUUCAAGCCUAUAUCAAUUGCACGAUUCCAAAAGCCCAAUAUUGGUGUAAACGCAACCGGGAACCUAACAAACAUAGUCAUCAGCAAAAGCAGUUUAAAAUUUCAGAUAAUUGUGGGUAGGCAGAUCACAUACAAUUUGCACCCGGCUGGUCAAAGAUGGCAAUGGGUACCAAAGAGAACAAAAGAGCUUUAUUGGGAUCAGUUCCAGGUUAUUUUAAUUGUAUACUAAAUCAGUUCCAGUUUUUUUUCUUAAAUAGCAUAUUUUGUUGAAUAUAUAAUUACUUCAUCAUAGUCAUAUGAUUUUGAGUAUUUUAUUUUAGUUGAGAGCAACUGGCAAUCACAUAAACCCGGUGAAGAUGUAUUGUAUAUAUCAUCCAGAGAAAAACAAGAAUGGGGAGCUUAUAACUUGUCCCUCACGAAUUGUGGUCAAGGAGGCUUUGAGUAAAUUGUAUAAUGCUUGUCAAGAUGAUUUCCAACAACAGUCUCAACCUUCAAGUCACGAGGGAAGCUCGACAAUAGGCAAGAGCACAUCGGCUAAAUUGUCCUCCAAAUACUUGGAAGUUGUUGGGUGCAAAAAGAUGAGGGUUGGUGGACUUGGUAGUUAUUCUGAGACUUUCCUUCAUCACGUAAAUGAUUCAAGUGGAGAACGCUCGUCUUCAAAAGCUCGUCGGAUGCAUGAGUUUUGUGUUUAUUGGGAUGCACGUUUGAGGGAGGCGUUAAUUUCAGAUGGUGAAGAAGCCCCCCCAGAAAUGCCAAUUGUGGAUGAUCAUAUUCAAGAUGAGGAACCCGAUUCCCAGCCCAAGAACUUUGAGCAAACAUGGCUUCCAUUUUUGAAAUCAAUGGGGAUUGAUGCACCCACUUUCUUUCCAACAUCGGAGUCCUCUGAUGACUCUGCAGACUCUGAUAACUCACUAGAUUUGUGUUAAGUUCAAUAUUAAUAUCUAGUUUGUAUUUUAUGUUGUUAAAUUUCACUACUAUGGAUGGAUGCUAACUGAUGAAUGUUUUUAUUUAUUAGCAAGCUUUUGACUAAAGUAUGUAAUAUUAUGUGGUGAAUAUUUGCUUAUGCUUUUA